AUGCCACCAAACCAAGAACCAGAAGCCGGCUCUGAAGAACGGCUAUUCCUCAAAUACUUUCCUGAUAACACCCUCUAUGCCAGCGAGCCUACUCUGGACGACAUUAGGGCUACCGUGCAACGAGAGCAGAACAAAUCCACCGGCGCAGCACCAUAUAUCGUCUUCUCCAAUAUCUUCCAAGAAACAGUCAAAUACGUAACCGAUAAUCCAGAGUUCCUGGGGAAGCACAUCCGAAUUUUCUACGACGAGAAAUACCGCAAACUAGUAAUCAAACUCAUACCACACAUCCACGAAGUAGCAUGCAGCUUGAUAUCCAGAGAAAUCGACAUCGCCGCAGACCGCAUGAGCAUCGUACAUGGACUCGUACCUGAUGGUUCAAAGCGUGUCGUAUCAGGUCAAUAUACAAAAGAGCCCGCUUCUUCCUGGCGCCCUGCUACACUCCCUCCCUCCAGAGACGCAAAAUGGCCAUCCUUAGUCAUAGAAUGUGGAGACCUUAGAUCAAUCACGAGACUCCGAAUUGAAGCAGAGUGGUGGCUCACCAAAUCCCAAGGAGACAUCAGGGUCGUUAUUGUCCUCAUCGUACGGCCAUUCCGGUCAGGGAUCUCACUGGAGAAAUGGGUUCCGGAUUCGGAUGGGAAUUCGGGUUCUAAUGAUACCGCAACAGGUAAAGCAAAGUGUGUUCAGAGAAUUGAGUUGCAGUGUAGGGCAAGAAAUAUGGCCAAUAUAGAGGUUAAUGGAGGACCGUUGAGGCUUGUGUUUGAGGAGGUGUUUUUGAGGCCCACUAAUUUUCCAAGGGAACGGGAUAUUAUUGUGAGUGAGGAAGCAUUGGAGGGGAUUAUGGGGUUGGUAUCUGAUGGGGGUAUCUGA